GUCCGUAUCCUGGACGCUUUUGCAACCGCCUUAUCUCUGUCCGCCCGUCCCUGCGCCCACCUCGCACUUCCCUCUCACCCACUUCACACACAACCCAGACACCACACACUCUCAACCCUCCCCCCACAGGAGACGUGCACCAGACCUCAACGCCGACGCGCGUGCCGUGCUCCCAGAUCGCACUUUUCUCAGCCCGUCCAAGUGACUUGGAACUCGUCUGUGGCGCACUCCAGAGCUUGAUGCGCGCCACCCGGUUCCAUGCUUCUGCCGCGUCGGGUGAGGAAACCACUCGUCCGACUCCGACAGCCUGCUAAGACGCUGGGAUGACUUCGAUUGUGGUCAGCGAGGUCCACCACCACCUGCCCUACGCCCAUCCGCAUCAUCAACACCUCCACGACGUUAGGACCUCCAAUCUCCCCCACCACCCUUACAAGCACUCGACUCAGACGAAUGCGCCGCCAGCUGCUCACCACUCCAGUACCGGCUCGUCGAUGGAUACCCCCAUGAUCGAAGCUGCCUCGCACGAGCCGUCUUCAAACGAAGCACCUUCUCAGCCUCCACCAUCCUACAGUGCUAGCCUGGCACCUCCGCCGUCAGCAGACGCGCACCAUGGAUCCAUGAACCCGCCGCGGAGCCCAAGGUUCAAGGGCCAGUUGCACUCGACCCCGCGCGCUUUCGAAGCGCUCCCCACCCGCUUCGCGCCUUCCUCGACAUCCUCAGCGCAUCCCUCGCCACAUACCGCUCAACCUUCGUUGGUCGCCGCCCCCCACUCGCCAGCAAAAGUCAAGGUAAAGAGCUUGUCGCACAUCCAGAGCUUCGUGCUCGACGAGCAUAACCCGCUCUCCCAAGCCGGCUCCCGCCUAGCACGGCAAAAUGCAACGGACACACCCCCCCAGUAUGAGAUUUCAGAGAUGCCUGUCACUGACAUCAUCGAAAUGGUCGCUGGCCUGCUCACAAAGAUCACCACGACGAACGACAAGCAGCACCAGCAUCUACAUCGUCAGAUCCCUCCCCCAGAUGGCACCGUCCACAUGAGCCCCCAAACAACAAGUGUGCUGGCUUUCCAUGGAAAGAACGUGCCCACCAUCUCAAUUCUGAGCUACCUGAGCCGUAUUCACAAGUACUGUCCAACCACGUAUGAGGUCUUUCUCAGCCUGCUCGUGUACUUCGACCGCAUGACGGAGCGAGUAAACGCAGGUCCAUUGCAGAGCCUGAAGCAGCAGAGCCAGCACCUUGCUGAUGCGGACGCUGCAAGCAAAGACGGUAGCAGACACAGCUCAGUGUCCUCGUCGACGUUGGCGCAAGAGUCGCGCGAAAUCACCCAGCGUGAACAACAAGCCUCACAGACCACCCCACCUCCCUCAGGCUCACUCGGCCAGCAGUCGCAGCCUGUCUCGCACAGCUCUUCCCAGCAUCCGGAGAGCCCGCCAUCGCCGCCUCGGGUCGUAGCUGAACCGCAGCUUGUUGAGGAACCAUAUAAUUUUUCUCAUUUCUUCGUCGUAGACAGUUAUAACAUCCAUCGCCUCGUUAUCGCAGGUGUCACAUGCGCCAGCAAAUUUUUCUCGGAUAUCUUUUAUACAAAUUCGAGAUACGCGAAGGUUGGUGGCUUACCGCUCCCUGAGCUUAACCAUCUAGAGCUUCAGUUCCUUCUCCUCAACGACUUCAGACUCGCUGUGCCCCUAGAAGAAAUGGAGGCCUACGGGACUAUGCUCGUCGAGUUCUACGCCAGGGAAGUGCUAGCCAACCAGAACUCUCUGCCAAGUCCGUCAGACGCGCUAGGCGUAGCUUGAACUGACAUGGCUCCUCAUGAGCUUGUGGACAAGUGCUCCUUCCGGAACGACGCUCGUGCUGCUGAGAGUGGAGAGCUUCCACAUGAGACGGGCAGGACAAAUAUGCGACGCGGAAGCAACAGAUGAGGAUAUCUAUACGUGGGUUUUUUUUUCGGGCGGGGCCAUGGCUGAGACGGCUAUUUUACGAAACAUCAAUUUCACAUAUUUCUCUCGGAAGAAACAAGCAAAUCAAAGCAAAGGACAACAGUAGACGCAAAGCAUUGGUAGACUGGCAGGUGCAAGGAAAAGGAGGUUGGGGGUCGCAUCCGCGUGACUCUCGCAUGUUUUUCUUUAUCCUUUUUGGCAGGAUAUACCCUUUUUGAAAGAGGUUAUAUUGGAACCCUACUCUCUCAACGUUUGCACACUUUUGCACGAAGGAGUGAUAGGACUGGCCCUCUAUUGCUUUGAUUUGAGCCUUUACAGUGAUACGAUAGACUUUUAUCUGGGUGAGGAGGUGACUUUCCAACAUGGCGAAGGUUGAUGGCGUUUUAAUCGUUUGAAUCUUUCUCUUAGUCGAUGCUAUUACUUUCUUCCGGAGAGAUGGUUCGUCAGGGCUAGUAGAGCGAGUGUGUGAGGCGAGUGGCAGUGGAAAGAGGUUGGCAAAGGCAAGCUGGCAAAGAUGCAGCUGCGUUCGGACAAUGGAGACAACUUUUUACCUCUCUCACA